AUGGCUUCAAGAUACCCUGUCGGGCCCGUGGGCCAUGCGACAGUCUCUCCAGAGGCCAAGAAACCUCAGUCGAUAGCGGUGGGCGGCUUUCGCAUUUCCACGCAAAAACUCCCCAUUCUGAAGGCGGAACCGAUUGAGGAAAUGACCAAGCAACUGGGCAUUGCCCCUCCAGAGAUGAUCUUUGGUGAUAAUCAUGUCACCAUUGAGCAUCAAAAGUCAGGAUGGGGCAUUGACUUCAAUGCUUUUGACGCGCUUGAUCGGGUCGAUAAAACUGGGCAGUCGAUGCUGCAGGUCGCGCACUCUAAGGAAUGGCAACAGAGCAGAGAAAAAACUCACGAAGGAAUCAAAGAGGUUGUCAAGCCCUUCGACUGGUCCUACAGCACCGAUUACAAGGGCACUUUGAGUCCUAAUGCGCCGUCGUUCGAAUCGACUGAGAAACCCAUUCCCAUUGAAUUACUGAAACGGCCAGACCCUAUUGUGUUCUUCGACGAAGUCGUGCUGUAUGAGGACGAGCUUGCAGACAAUGGCAUCGCGAUGUUAUCAUGCAAGAUCCGUGUCAUGCCUGCUCGCCUUCUGCUUCUAUCUCGCUUUUUCAUGCGUCUGGACAACGUCCUGAUCCGACUACGGGAUACCCGUGUCUAUGUGGACUUUGAAACUCGUGAAGUGAUUCGGGAGUACCAGGCCAAGGAGUGCGAGUACGAGAAAGUUAGACAGAUCCUGGCGUCUACUCGCGACGACAUUCCAGCCUUGAUGCGCGAUCCCAACCGGCUUUCUGAGAUCCUGCCAGUCGUAGAGAAGAGCUCUGAACGCAUCAUUCUCGACGGAUGA